AUGGUGCUCUUAAUGGGCAUUGGAAUUUUGGCCAGCGUUUGGAUCACACCUGGUGGCUCGCACUCCGACAAUAGUGAGGCUGACUUUUGGCUCACAUGGAACACCAGCCAAAGCAUCGGCCUCAAACAUCAACUCCAAUUCACCAAGCCAUGGGCUCGUUUUGUGGAAUAUUUUGACGAGGAAACAAUCCGUCAACCAUGGUUUAUCCGGCUUGAUGACCAAUCGAUGGUAGCGCCUGACCUGAUUGAUGAUACGGAGCUGAAGUAUCAGCGAUGGUUUCGCGAACGGUAUCCGGAAAUAGAGAAUAUCAAGCUUAACGGAGACUAUCUCAACGAGUCCUUUUGGUCAAAUGCAUAUUCGGUUAGGGUUCUAACCGAUCCUCUCUUUCAUCCUGCACAUUGUCUCCUCGCUCUGAGGAGGUACUGGAUUGCAAGAGAGACUGGUCGACAUGUCUGCCCUCGAGACAUUGAUUAUAAACAUAUCCAGCAUUGUUUAGAUUCCUUAGAUGAUAUUUUCUUCGUUGAUCCCAAGAAAGGGCCGGUUGUGACGCUUGAAGAUUCGGAUAACAGAAUGCCAUGGCUUGUGAAUGCCUGUUUCUAG